AUGUCCUCCUCAGCAUCCGCCACGGCCUCCCUCAGGGAAAAGUCCGACAACAACCAUCUAACAAGCAGCACAGGAAGCGACUCCGACUCCACCAAAGUCGAAGCUGGCCUUCCCAACCCCAACACAACAGACCCAGCACCACCACCCCGCGACAUCCACGGCUUCAAGUGGAUCUCGGUCGUCAUCGCCAUCUUAUCCUCCAUCUUCCUCUACUCCCUCGACAACACAGUAGUAGCAGACAUCACCCCCGCCGCCGUCAACGCCUUCGGCGACAGCCUCAAACUCCCUUGGCUUUCCGUCGGCUUCUUACUCGGUGGCGUAAGCGUUGUCCUGCCCUUUGGAAAACUUUACAGCCUCUUCGACGCAAAAUGGCUGUACAUCUUCUCCACCGUCCUCUUCAACAUCGGAUCUGCCAUCUGCGGAGCGGCACCGUCGAUGGAUGCGCUGAUUGUGGGGAGGGUGUUGGCUGGUAUGGGCGGUAACGGGAUGUACCUCGGGACGAUGAACCUGUUGAGUGCGACAACCACCAACAUGGAAAGACCUGCAUAUCUCAGCUUCGUGGGCUUGGUUUGGGGAGUCGGUACCGUGCUCGGGCCUGUGGUGGGCGGCGCGUUCGUGGAGAGCCCGGCAACGUGGAGGUGGGCUUUCUACAUCAACUUGUGCAUUGCCGGUUUGUUCGCACCGGUGUAUCUGUUUUGGAUUCCCUCGUACAAGCCCCAGCCACGGGAAACCUCGAGCCGGGAACUGGUCAAGAAAUUCGAUUUUGGAGGGACGUUGUUGAGCGUGGCGGCGAUUACGACUUUAGUUAUGGCAAUCAAUCUGGGUGGUGCCCUAUACGAGUGGAAUAGCGGCAACAUCAUCGCGUUGUUCGUGGUAUCCUUUGUGUUGUUUGGAGCAUUUGGCGUGCAGCAAAGCUGGAACUUUGGACUAAGGGAUAAGGGCGACAAGAUCUUCCCAACGCACUUUUUGAGAAGGUGGAAUCUGGUCUUGUUGUUCUGUUCUGCAGCUGCCAUCAAUGCUGCCGCGUUCAUUCCGAUCUAUUACAUCCCACUAUACUUCCAGUUCACCCGGGGAGACAGCCCGACCGAAGCAGCUGUCAGGCUAUUGCCUCUCAUCUUCACCUUGAGUGCGGCUAUUUUGAUCAAUGGACACCUGAUGGUGAGAUGGGAAUAUUUCCAACCUUGGUAUAUUACCGGCAGUAUCUUAGCGCUUGUGGGAGGCGUGCUGUUAUCAAGGAUAGAAGCCAGCACGCCAGAGUCUCACCUUUACGGCUUUGAGAUCCUGAUUGGCCUUGGAACCGGUGCCUUUGCCCAGGCGGGAUAUGCUGUCAUUCAGACUUUAGUACCUCCUGAGGAAAUGGCGUACGGCAUCAGCUUUGUUAUGCUCGGGCAACAGGGCGGCAUCGCCUUUGGCUUGGCUAUUGCUGGGGCAGUGUUCGUCAACGAUGCCAUCGCAAAUCUCAUGGUGGCACUUCCCGGCGUCACACGAAACACAUUGCAAUUGGCCCUGUCAGGGCAUAGCGGAGAGUACUUCCAGUCGCUGUCAGAAGAGUCGAGAACUGCCGCAAUCCAAGCCAUCGUAUUGGCUUUGCAAAAGGUGUUCACUCCUGUGUAUGUAGGAGGCGCUGUUGGCUUGAUUCUUUCAGUAUGUUUCACUAAACGGAAGAUGUCGAAAGAUGUGAUUCCCAUUGCUGCUUAG